AUGGUCUUGAUAUACAACGACAACAAGUAUUGGAUCAACAACCGGUAUCAAAACACCAUCAACUGGACUUGUAGGGAUCGGAAGAGACUUGGAUGCAACAGCUGUGUGCAGACGACCAUUGAAGGAAGGUACCUGAAGCAUAAAGGUUUCCACAACCAUGAAGAUAACUACACCAAGUACAACUUUAAUGAUUGA